UCUGAAGGGCAGUCAUUGGGUGUUCUCUCCCCCGCUCCAAAGCGAGCACUUCCACUACGCUCGCCGCACGCUUUCCUCUCAAAAUUCGAACUUGCGAGCAGCCAUGGAGGAUCAUCGAAGCCUCGUGGGGUUCCUCUUCUGAAAAUUUAGACGAUUUUUGGGCUCGUUGAGGUUUUGGUGAUGAUGGCGUACCAGGAUCCCAACCCCGCCGCCGCUGCUGAAGAGAAACUGGUCGCUGAACGUUACCUUAAGCGUGAGAUCCUCGGUGAGGGCACUUAUGGUGUCGUCUUCAAGGCCAUCGACACCAAGACUGGAAAAACAGUUGCUAUUAAGAAGAUUCGACUGGGAAAAUACAAGGAAGGUGUUAAUUUUACUGCACUUAGGGAAAUUAAACUUCUCAAAGAGCUCAAGGAUCCAAAUAUAAUUGAGUUAAUCGAUGCCUUUCCGCACAAGGGAAACUUGCAUCUUGUAUUUGAGUUCAUGGAAAGCGACCUGGAAGCUGUCAUUCGAGAUAGAAAUGCUGUUCUUUCUCCUGCUGACGUGAAAUCUUAUCUUCAAAUGACAUUGAAAGGUCUUGCAUUCUGCCAUAAAAAAUGGGUUCUGCACCGGGAUAUGAAACCAAACAAUCUGUUAAUUGGUUCUGAUGGACAGCUUAAGCUUGCAGACUUUGGCUUGGCACGCAUUUUUGGAAGCCCAGAUCGCAAGUUCACUCACCAGGUUUUUGCUAGGUGGUACAGAGCACCUGAACUGUUGUUUGGAACAAAGCAAUACGGUGCUGGAGUUGAUGUGUGGGCAGCAGGAUGCAUAUUUGCUGAACUUCUCCUUAGACGACCUUUUUUACAGGGUUCGAGUGAUAUCGAUCAACUAGGAAAAAUUUUUGCAGCUUUUGGAACUCCAAAGCCAUCUCAAUGGCAUGAUAUGGUUUACCUUCCAGAUUACGUUGAGUACCAGUUUGUUCCUGCCCCUCCACUUCGUUCCCUUUUCCCCAUGGCCAGUGAUGAUGCUCUCGAUCUGUUGUCAAAGAUGUUCACCUAUGAUCCAAAAACAAGGAUAUCUGCACAGCAGGCUCUUGAGCAUAGAUAUUUUACAACAGUACCAGCACCUACAAAGCCCGCACUUCUUCCUAGGCCCAUUCGGAAGGGGGAAUCAGCAAUUCAGAGAGCAACCGAUGUCAUGCCACAGGACGGUCCGGUUGUUUUAUCCCCACCGAGGAAGUCAAGGAGGGUCAUGGGAUUUGAAGGAAAUGCACAUCAUUUAGGAAAAGUCGGUGAGCAAGUUUGGGAUGGAAAACUUAUGGGUGAGCCUAGCAAUCAAAGUGGAGAGAUGCCAAUGUCGGUGGACUUGGGAGCCAUUUUUGGGUCAAGGCCUGCCCCAAGACCAACCCUCAACAGUGCUGACCGAUCACAUUUGAAGAGAAAGCUCGAGCUUGAUCUUGAAUCUGAAUAUCAUCAGUGAUGAUGCCUGAUUAUUAACAUUUUGAUUUGUGGUGACCUGGAGAAACGCUCGUCCUAUAUAUUUCAGACGUUUAAUAAGAAUUCAAGUAUGCAAUAUAUAGUGCUUGGGAGCCGGAAAAACCUAAUCCUUUUUCAAUCUAGUUUAUAUUCAGGCGUGGAGCUUCAUCAGAUAUACAGUUCUCUUCGGCUUUCUUGUGCACCAAAGAGUCAAAGUUUUCUCUAUGCUCACGUCUCUAAUUCGAUUUGAUCAAAUUUUUAUCAAGAAUCGCUACAAAUUGGCUUAUUUUUUCAUGGAUACAGUUGAUUCUUUAGGUUUUCUCCUUUCUGUUUUAAUCCGUCUCCAAGUUAGAGCAGUUUGUAUCCUGUGAGGCUUCACAGCUUUGGGUAUUUCAAGAACUGCAAUCUGGCAUACUGUGUUUAGUGUUUUGGCAACCAUAUUUUGGAUAAUUGAUGUUGAAGCUGUGCUUAAUGUAUGAUAAAUACAUUCAUUCUGAUGUCAUUUAUAUUUGCGGACAUAUUGUAUUCUAACAAUACUCUAUGCUUGUAUUUGAUUAA